GAUUGGGACCAUAAAAAUGUCAAACAAUUAUAUGAAAUGAGGGCGGUUCUCUGUCAUUAUUUUCAAUGAAGAUUUUCUUAAUCCUUGACUGAAGACCCUAAAAUGGAUGAUUGCAUCUCUUUUAUCCACUCUUUUAAACCACCUAAAAAUGCUUAUUACUUGUUGAAUUUGCAUUCCUAUAUUUUCUUCCUCUUCACGGCCCACCAUUUAUUUUCGCCAACAGUUAAGCGAGUAUUUGUUGAGGUAUUUUUAAUAUGGGGAUUUGUUUGGGGAAAUCUUCCAAGCUUGCUCAUGCUUCUUCUGAACAAUUAUCUGAUGGUAAAGCUGCACCUCCUAACACAGAACAGUGUUCAAAUCCUUUAAACCAGCCAACAUUUUCAGGGUCCUUGUGCAAAGCUCUUAUAGCAUCAAAAGGUGUCUCCAGCAACUUGAAAUCCUUUAUGUUCAACGAUCUCAGGAAUGCCACGAGGAACUUCCGAAGUGAUAGUCUUCUAGGGGAGGGAGGCUUUGGAUUUGUCUUUAAAGGAUGGUUAGACGAGCACACAUUGGCUCCGACCAAACCAGGAACCGGGAUGGUAGUCGCUGUCAAAAAACUUAAGGCCGAAAGUUUUCAAGGCCACCGGGAAUGGCUAACCGAAGUAAACUACUUAGGUCUUCUGCAUCAUGAAAAUCUUGUGAAGUUAAUUGGGUACUGCUCAGAAUCUGAGAGUCGGCUUCUAGUCUACGAGUACAUGACUAAAGGAAGCUUGGAAAAUCAUCUGUUUAGAAGCGGGCAACUUAUGGCUUGGCCUACAAGGAUGCAUAUUGCAGUUGAUGUUGCGAGAGGAUUAUCCUUCUUGCAUAGUUUGGACGCCAAUGUAAUCUAUCGCGACCUGAAGGCAUCCAAUAUACUACUAGAUUCGGACUUCAAUGCAAAACUUUCAGACUUUGGCCUUGCAAGGGAGGGUCCUAGUGGAGAUAGAACUCAUGUUUCAACCAGAGUAGUGGGUACUAGGGGUUACGCUGCACCGGAAUAUGUUGCAACAGGCCACUUGACUCCAAAGAACGACGUGUACACGUUCGGAGUCGUUUUAUUAGAGCUAUUAUCUGGUAAACGUGCAGCAGGCGAUGAGAAUGUGGGAGGUGCCGAUGAAACCUUGGUGGACUGGGCAAAACCAUUCCUAAACGAUAGUAGGAAAGUCUUGAGAAUUAUGGACUCAAGGUUAGGAGGUCAGUACUCUAAAAAGGAGGCACAAGCUACAGCUGCCCUUGCAUUACAGUGUCUCCACACAGAUCCUAAACAUAGGCCAGCCAUGUCUGAGGUCCUGGAAAAGUUGGAACAACUUCAAACAAUAAAAGAUGGCCCCAGAAGUUCACCCCAAACCCAUGCUAAAACUAAUGUGUUUGAAAAGUCGAGCCCUCACAAAACAGUACGAUAUGUUGGUCGAACAAGAUAAGCCUAACACGUACACAGAUUAGACGCGCUCAGCUUGAAAUUUAUGCAAGAUCAGCCUGUAGUGUAAUCAGUAUAAAGGACUGCGAUAUGUUAAAGGACUGCGAUAUGUGUUACUUGUCUGCUAUGCAGUGUGUGAAUAUGUGAAGAAGAAUGGAUUGUCGCUGCCCGACAUAAAUAUCAUACUUGUCUACUAUGCAGUGUGUGAAUAUGUGAAGAAGAAUGGAUUGUGGCUGCCCUACAUAAAUAUCGAUAUAUUCUGUUGAAUUAUAGAGGAUUUCGAGCAAUUUUGUUAUGCUCAAACUAAGAAUUCGUAAGCGUUGUAUACUUGGGCAUCUCUGCAUUUUCUUCUGAUGGAAUCAGUUAAAUCUGGUCUGUAAAAGAGAAAUUUGAUGCCUUAAUUUUGGUUGUAGCAUCACAUACCAUUAGUUCGACUCUACAGCGUGUAUAUUUGUGGAUUCUUACAUAAUGUUAAGGAACUCUACGGUGUGUAUAUUUGGGGAUUCUUACAUAAUGUUAAGGGAUAAUUAAAUGAUC